AUGAUUUGGGAGGAUGAUUUCCAAGGCUUCACAGCUUCUGAGAUUGGAGAAUUACGGUCACCUCAACGCAAGAAAUGGACAAAGAAGGAAGAAGAGUCGCCAAAGAUCAAGAACAUCAAAGGUUCUUGGCCCAUCAUGGGACGCCGAGCGGGAAAAGAGAGUCACUAUACCAGAGGAGAUUCCUGCGCAGAGAUGAGGAGAGGAGAAUGGAACACGGCUAAACCGUACAAGAUAAAGAAUUCGAGGGUCGUGGAAGGGAGAAUACAGAAGCUCAAGAAUGGCUCUUUGGGUGGUAACCGGGAAAAGAGAUCUGUUGGUCGGCUGUCCUACAGAGAUAUGGUUAAGGGUUUGGAUGUUGUUCGACCAAAGCUUAUCCCGCCGAAGGAGCCCAGGCCACCCAGGUCUCCGAAAGCCACUUUUACAAAGGUUGGAGGGAAGGCCGAAGGGAAGAUCCGAUUGCCGUUUAUGAUGCCGAAGCAGAAGGCCAAAAGUGGACUUCAAGGGAAAGAAGCAAUGGUACCUUGGCGGGGUAAGACAAAGAUGGAGAAGGCCCAACUAUUAUUGAAGAAAGCAAGAGAAAAGAAGUCUGAAACAUCUCCCGUCAAGUUCAAGCCUUGGGAGAAGAAGAAAUUAUUGAUGGCUCAAGCUCAAAAUGGAACAUUCGACAAGGGAGGGAAAGUUAUUUGUGUGCCGAAAUCCAAACGGGUCAAUUUGUCAAAAGCCAUGGAGCUUGUGAAAAAGGCGAAGGGCGCAUCGAAAAUGAAUCAGCAAGUAUUUGGGUCGGAUACACCUGGUAAGCGAUCGGUCAAGUGCUCCAGCAAGCUUGCAGAUAUGGACAUGAAAGGGGUCGACCUGCAUUUCCUUCAUCGGAAAGUUACCCCUCCAUCCAAAAAGGCAAAGCUCUCAAAGAAAAAGUUGAAGUUGAUCGAGGAGAAGACUCCGAAACCUCCAAAGCCAAGCUUAGGGUUCGUUAUGCCAGUUAUUAGCUCUCGUUCCUCCAGGGUGAUCAAACCAACAAAAAGGUUUAUUGAGCAAGAGUUCGCUUCCAGUCUGAUUUCGCCACCAUCAUCAGCUCAGGACAGUGAUUGGUCCGAUGUUCCUUCAGAUUUAGAUGGUUCUUUCUUAACGCCACAGGCCUUUCCCACACCAGAGAUCACCACUAUCAAGGUCAAGAAACCACCAAAGGCACGCAAGUCGGAUGAGAAUGAACUUUUCAUUAAAGACAUUGAGAAGAAGAAGAAGAAGAAGGAGAAGAAGAAGAAAUCCCAAAUUAAGGAGAAGGAAGAACAGGCACACUCUUUCCAAGAUGAAUUUUUGAAAUCCAUGAAUAUAUCACCUAAGAAAAUUGAUCAUGAGAUGAAAACUGAAAAUGAAAGUGAAGCAGAGAGCAAGAGCAGGCAGCGGAAGGAGGCAAACAGGAUGUUGAGUAUGAUCAGUGCAAAGGUCAAGAAUGGAAUAACCCUGACAGGCUCGCAGGAGAAAGUGUUGUUGAGCACUCCAGAACCAAAGUGGCAACAUUUGAAAGCUGUUUACAAGAAGGUUGUCAAGAAGGAGGCAUUGGAUGAAGGCGAGACAAGAGCUCUGAGGAUAUCCCCUCUGGUGUUGUUUCAAUCCAUGAGGACGGGAGAAGAGCUUAUGCAUGUCCGUGGGAGGAUCGAUGGCCUGCCAAGUGUCAACGAGAUCCUCGAGAAAGUCAAGUCCGGGAUGGAAGUCACCGAAAAGGAGAAUGAGAAGUUGCAUUGUUACAAGAGAAUAAGUAGCGAACGACAGUCCAUCCAACGGUCAAAGCAAAGAGCUGAAAAGAGACUUCAGUCAGAAAGCGAAGUUCAGUUAGUUAAUGAGGAUGGACCGGUUGACGUCAAUCCCGCUACUCCAUGUAGCACAAGUCCGAGAGGGGAUGCUAGCCCGAGGGUAAGUGCAGCAAGCUCCAGUCCUCGGACAAAGAAGAAGCCAGAGGUAAAGCAAGAGGCGAAGCAAGAGGUGAAGCAGGAAUUGACGAAGGAAGAAAAAGCAAAACAGUUAGAACUUAAAUGUGAGCGUCUCAUGAAAAAAUUCUUGUAUGAGAAGGAGGAGUAUAUUAAGAAUAUCCAAGAGCGUGCGAAGACUCCCAUUGAAAAAGGAAUGCCUUCUUUUAGGGCUCUUAAGAGGAGGCUGAAGCAAGGAUUAGAGCUAUCUGAUGCUGAUAAUGAAAGGAUGAAGUUAAAUAACAAGAUAGUGAACUCGAGAUGGAGAAUAGCGAAAUAUAAACGUAUGCUACAAAAGGCUUACCAAGACGCUGGGAAAGAGGAAGACCUUGCCGUUCUGGAGGUUAAGGAACCUGUUGGCGUUGAACUAGGGGGUGACAGUCUUGGUCUCUCCCCGAACUCGCGACGGUUGCUCACUAUGGGUUCUGCAUUGUACGACAGUCAACAGGAUGCGUUGAAGAAAAGGAAGAAGAAAAAGAAGAGCAAAACGUCUGUCGAGUUACAGGUUGGGGGUGUUCCGCUCACAAGGGAGGAGCGGUUGAAGCUAAAAAAGAAAAAGAAAAAGAAGAAAUUAAAAGGAGGUGCAAGGGAAGAAGACAAGGCAGGAAUCGGUAUGGGAGAUUCGGGCAAGAAAGACCAGACAUUGCGAAAGAAGAACGCCUCUUCUAAGCUGCUCCUUAAGGCAAAGCAACGGAAGCAGAAAGGCAAGGGCGUGAAGCUGAAGAAGUCCGCUGCAAGGAAACUGAAGCUAGGAGAUGCCUCCAAGGACGAGAAGGAAAGCCCGUCUAAGCUGAAGAGCAUUCUACAUGACAAGCUCAUUAGCCCUGCAGACAAAACUUUGCAAGAUACAGUGUCCCGUCAGAUGGCCGAUGCCCUUGAAGCCGAUAUGUCUCCAGAUCAGACGGAAGCGUCUAAUGUCAACAAACACCAGGUUGCCAAUGAAGUCAUAGUAGGCAGCGUUGCUAAGUCAGGCGGACCUCGCAUCAAGCAUGUAUGUAGGAGGGCAUCAGUCGCCUUGGGGUACUCACCUGCCCGAUUCGAAGGACCGGUGCCUGCCAGCCAAGACAGCCUCAAACUGAGUGCUCUCCCAAUCAAGGAGAGGAAAAAGCUGUUUACGAGUGAUGAUGAGAACAGUGAAACGGAAUCUGGUUCGGAAGGCGAGUACCCCAGCAACGAAGCGUCUCCUCGUCUAUCGGCGCGAAAACGGAAGCCGACUGCCAAGAAACGGGCCAUGGACGGAUUUAUCAACGUGGACGAGGAACCCACCUUCAUGGACAUGGAUGACUUCACCGCCAAGAGAGAGCCGGGGAAAGUUUCGAGGCCGAAGAAGGUUCCCAAGCAGAUACCAGAGAUGGGUUUCAUGCCGAUGCCAGUUGUAGAGGAAGCAAACGUGAAAAGACGAUCAAGAUGCGGGGUGUGCUCGGCAUGCUUGCGGAAGACGGAUUGUGAGAAGUGUUCUAACUGCCUUGACAAACCUAAGUAUGGUGGCCCUGGUACCAAGAAGCAAGCGUGCAUACACCGUAAGUGUCACAAUCUGGUGAAGAUGAAGAUGAUGAGAAUGAAGCAGAUGAAAGCCUUGAGAAGAAUGACCAAUGCUCCUCCUCCUAUGCCUGUUGAGAGACCACAGAAGGCUCCAGCUGUCCCCAAAGUUAGACCAGCUGGAGCAAGAAUCAAGAGAGCUGGAGGAGAUCUACCCACUGGACUAGCCCUGGUCCCAAAGAACAAGAAAGGCCAAACAGGGGAUAAAGAUGAGAAGUCUGAUGCCAGCUCUAAGCCGCUCCGGACAGUCAAGUUUUCUAAGAAGAUUCCUGGCAAACAUUUCAUCAAGACAGACUUCAAGGAUGACUAUGAUAUGACUGUGGCGUGGAAACGUGGAAUGGUGAUCAUUUCUUCUGAUCCUAUGAUCCCAAGGACUAUAUGCUAUCUGUGUGGUAGUAAUGGUAAACAUGAUCUGGUGUAUUGCAAUGUGUGCUGUGAGCCGUUCCACGAGUUCUGCCUUGAAGACGAUGAGCGCCCUCUAUCUGGCGAGAAGGAGAACUGGUGCUGUCGGAACUGUCGGUUCUGUCACGUGUGUGACCACCAGGACCAGCUGCUGACCUGUCACAAGUGCCACUGCAGCUAUCAUGCCGAGUGCCUUGGACCUAACUACCCAACAAAACCAUCUAAGAAAAGGAAGAUUUGGGUGUGUUCUCGCUGUGUGAAGUGUAAGAGUUGUGGUGCUACCACUCCGGGUUCCGAUCCUAAAGCCCAGUGGAUGCAUGGUUUCUCGCACUGUCAAGAAUGCGGGAAGCUCUUCGAGAAAGGUAACUACUGCCCUGUGUGUAAGAAGUGCUAUGAAGACGAUGACUUUGAGUCUAAGAUGAUGCAAUGUGCAGACUGCAGUAGAUGGGUCCACGCCAAGUGUGAAAACCUUUCUGAUGAUCAGUACCGCAUCCUGACCGAGUUGCCAGACUCCGUCCCGUACCGGUGCCCACCCUGCGCCAAACAUAAACCAACACCAUGGAAGGUAGAGGUCAAUGAGGAGCUCCAGGCUGGCUUCGUGAAUGUCCUCAACGCUCUCUACAACUGCAAGAGUGCCGGUCACCUUAUCUGGCCAAAUAGAAGGUUCAAGUACAUGAGAAAGAUCCAUCAAGGGGAUUCCCGUCUGUCAUCCACCGGUCAAGAAUCCAGAGACAGCGCAGCAUCACCGGCUCCAAGCGAAGCAUCGUCUCUGGAGAGAGAAACGCCAACACCAGACAGGGGCUUAGAGGCAAGCGGAGAUGGCGGAACAUCUUCAGCACAGGAUGAUGUCGAGGAAACGUACUCAUUUAGGAGAGGAAGGACGGUGAGGAGGGUACUGAGGAGGAGACGGCAGCAGAGACACGCCGGAAUUGUGGAAGGCGCAGGGAGAGGAGAUACGGAAGGUCCAGGAGAUAGCAAAGACUCUGAGAGGGUUGGGGAAGAUGCUGCUGAUGUUGAUAGGACGUUAAAAGAUGAAGAUGGGUUAAAGAGUGAAAGUGCUGAAGUUGAUCUUGUCAUGGAAGCAGGCUCUGAGGCAAGAUCAGUUGAACAAAUUCAUCCUGUCUUUGAUAGGGAUGCAGAUAGAACUGAUGAUGGUGUCGAGAAGGCACUCCCAACAGUACAUGCUCUUGAUGCGGAUAAAUGUGAAUCCAAUGUUUCAGAAGAUGGAAAAAUAAUUGAAGAAGAUGAUGCUUUGAGGACUAAGAAAAGAGAGCAGAUGCCCGAUGAUGGGUUGUUGUCUCUCAGUACUACAGCUAAAGGGGAUGUUGUAUCUUCCGUCGAAUCAACAUCAAAACACAAAUCACAAGAGAACGCCUCUCCGGAUGGCAUUGUGCCAAAGGAUGAUGACAAUUCUGAAAGGACUACACAACCUAUGUCCUCAAGUUCUGAGGAUAUUCCUAUGACCAAUGACGAUACCUUGAAAUCACCUGCUGUUGUAUCUACUUCAGCAGCAGUUGGAGAUGAUCAGGAGCUUGAAGUGCAAACUAUAAGUGAAACCAAAGACAGGACUGAUGUGGUUGUGAGUGGUCCUCAAUGUGUUGAUGACUCCAGUGUAGCUGGCUCUCAUGGCACUGCUCACCAGGAUGGUUCAGGUGGAACCCUUGGUGAAUCCAGGAUGGACACCUCCUACCCUGCCAGUGACGGUGAGACAUCGGCUGCAGAAGAAGUGGACAUCGACGUUGAAAAUACGGAUGUCAAAGAGGAAAAGAUGGACGUGGAUGAUGCUGAUGGUGGGGAUCAACAAUCCUCUACUGAGGAAAGAACUUGUGAAGAUUCCAUUACAGCUAUUACAGGAGAUGCCACAGGAAGCCUUGAGGAUACUGCAGAAGUGGCUUCUGAUGGUGCGUUGUCUCCGAAGCUUGAGAAGGAAGAUGCAGAUGCUACGUGUACCCUUGACUUGGAGAGAAAAGAUGGUGUUGUUUCUCCUGCAGCUGUUCCUGACAUUGACCCAGACAUUCCAGAUGCAGUGAUGGAGGUGACGACAUCGACACAAUCCGAGCAGGAGGUUUGUAAGACACCUGCUAAGGUACUCACCAUCGCAAUAGGGAAAAAGGAAGAAGAGGAAGAGAAGAAAGAUGAAGAAAUUAAACCAACCAGUUUCCAGUUUGUCAAAGCUAAGAUGAUGGCAGGCUACUAUAAAUCAGUGGAGAAGUUCUGUAAGGACUGCGUGACAAUCUUCCAGGCUUCAUUCAACCAGGAAACGGACCUGAUCCCCGGGCUUUCAAAGUCCAACGUGAUCGCCAAGGGUGCGUUUCUCAAGAUCAUGACCCAGAUGUUCCCGUGGUUCAGCGUUGACGAGACGAGGAUCUGGAACGGCGAGGAGGGGUACAAAGAGAAUGGUGUACACCAGGUGGCAGUGGAGCCCCCUCACAAGGACCAUGAAUACGCUCAAUGGAGAUAUAGAGCCUUGAUGCCGUCUAUCACCGCUCAGCCCUCGCCAUUCAAGAAACUUCCAACUCCAAGGAGGCGACAUUCCAUCAUUGGCGGUGAUGGAUGCUCGGAAGAUGAUUCUCAUAUUCCUGGUAUCGAGGACGUCUCUGACCCUAGAAGAUGCUGUCUCUGUGGGGUGAUGGGUGAUGACGACCCUAACAAUGCUGGACGAUUGCUGUACUGCGGUCAGGAUGAAUGGAUCCAUAUAAACUGUGCCUUAUGGUCUGCCGAGGUCUUUGAAGAGGUGGACGGAUCUUUGAUCAACGUACAUGCGGCCAUCUCAAGAGGGAGAAUGAUGAGAUGUGAAGUGUGCAAUAACUUAGGAGCAACGGUUGGAUGCUGCAGUAGGGGGUGUCCAGCAAACUUUCAUUUCAUGUGUGCCAGAUCCAGGAACGCCAUGUUCCAGGAAGACAAGAAGGUCUAUUGCUUCCAACAUGCUGAUAAGAUUGAUAAAGCAAUCAUGGGUUCUGACCUGUUUGGUGUCCUGCGCCGAGUGUGCGUCAGCCUAGACAACAUGAAACUCAACAGGACAUUCUCACAGGGUCUUGAAACCAAGAACAUCAACGUGAUGAUAGGAUCCUGGUCGCUGGAGUCGCUAGGUCACCUGGGGUUCCUGUCAGACACUGAGAACAAUCUCUUCCCCUUGGAUUUCGCCUGUUCAAGAGUGUACUGGAGUACAAUGGAUCCAUGCAGGCGGUGUAUCUAUACCAUGCGCAUCAUUGAGGUGAAUCCAUUGACCUCCCCUACGACCCCUCAGGAGAUCAACCAUACCACAGAACACAGCCCAGGCAGCUAUCCCUUCAGCAGGAAGUCCACCUUACAGGAUGAGGAUGAUACAGACCUCCUCACAGAUGCUCUCAUGGAAGCCACAAAGGAGAGCAGUGAAGCUGCAAUGGCUCUUGAUCAGGUUGCGGCCCUUCUCGCAGGGUCACAGACAGUCAGUGAGAUCCAGAACGCAGCGGAUGCACUGGCUGCAACGUCCUCACUGUUUGAGAUGGAUGAUGGUAUCCUAGAUUCCUUGAACCUUGAUGCGAAUCUGAAUUCUGGUCUUGACAGCGAUGGCAUCAUGGACAUGAUGGCUGAUCUUGGCAACCUUGAUGGUCUGAACUCCGAUGGAGACCUGGGCGAGUUAUCUGAGGCUGGAGAAAAGCUCCUACCAAAGGAUAAACCUGACUUGCUUCCACCAGGAGAUUCUGCAAGUUUGGACAUGGUUGAUUUAGUUUCAGACGCGGCUAAAGAUCUGCAAGGAGAAACCAGUACUCCUCUUGUAGAAGCACCUCAAACUACCGAGUCAGAUAUGCAAUCUGCUCCUGAAGAUAUGCAUACUCCUGAAGUAAACAUGGACAUGGUUGAAAAACCUGAAGAAGUAGGAGUGGAGGGAAGCAUUGACCACAAUCUAGAGAACACUGAAACUUUGGCUGAUGUAAGAGAAAAUGAUGAUAUUGAAAAGUCAAGUGAUCCAAGCAUUUCUGUUACUGUGGAUGAGCAUGCAGAGGUUAAAAGACCUGAUUCACCAUUAAUCAGCCCCAAAAAGAUGCCAUUUGUGAAGUUAGUGGACAUCAAGGACAAGCAGCUAUCCUCUGUUGUUACAUCAGAUUCUCCAGAAGUUUCUGAUAUUUCAGAGACGUCUCAUACCUCUGUGCCAUUAGAUGACCCGUCUGAAGUAACAAGACCAGAAUCGCCUUUGAUUAGCCCAAAGAAGGUGCCCGUGUUGAAGUUAGUGAAACUUCCUUUGGAAGAACAUGAAAAGAACUAUACAGAGUCUGAAGAUGGCACUUCAGAAACCUCAGAAAUCUCUAGGAGCACAACACCUUGUUCUAACAGCAGGAACUCUUUUGAUAAUCCUCAAACUUCUGGUGUUUUGUCAGAAAGUGUACCCCAAGCACCUGAUCAACCAGGAAGUGAUCCUGGAACAAGUGAAAUUUUGGCACUUCCUUCACUCUCCAUCAGUCCAAGUGGUGAGGACUCAUCUUCAAGAGAUCAACCGUGGGAUGAAAGUCCUGAGGUCAUGGACUUACAGGAAAAAUGUGAUAACUCAAAACUUUCCAGAGAGGAAAAUGUUCCUGGUCUUGCCAACUGUGAUUCAGAACAAAUUCCAGUCACCAAGGAUCUUGCAGAUGAAUCCAAUGAUGUUGGAACUACUGUCCAGGAUGAUGGCCCUAUAGACCAAAUAGAUCAUUUUUCCUGUACAACUCAAGAGAAAAUGGAAGCUUGUUCCACUUCAAGUGUAGCACCUGAAGCAUCAUGUGAAGAACCUGUCAGGGAGGCAACCUCAGAAAUGUCUGUUAGUGCCCAUCCGGAAACCAGACAAAGCACCUCUGUAAAUGAACAAACAUUUACAGAAACUGAUGUACAGGAGAGUGUCUGCCAAAUGAAAGAGGCUCUCAAGCUCACUGAAGGAAAAUGUGAUGUUCCAGAAAACCCAGAAUUCUGUGUGCAGCAACAACACAUGGACAUUGAAAUUACUCCUCAAGGUAACUUAACAGAUGAUGAAGCUGUGACUAACAUCCCCAGCUUGAGUAUCAACAAAGAGACUCCUGAAGAAGUCAAAACAAGUGAAGAUGACAAUAAUAUACCUGACCACUCCGCAAUCAUUACUAUUGCCAAGCCAGAAGAACCAAGGGAUACUGACAAAGAUUGUGUAGAUGGAGCUCAGGACCAAGCAGAUGGGCAUGGGUCAAAGAUGUACCUUCCGUCUGUGCAGACUGAGGUCGAUGGGUCUGAAGAGACGAAUGAGGCAGAGAUACCUUUAGGAGAUGCCAAUCAGUCAUCACUGCAAAUUUCUUCCAAAGACCAGACAUUGGAAGCAGGGUUGGUUGAUUAUUCAGGAGAAAAAUCUCCAACUGAACAGUCAAUAUUGAUAGAACAGACCUCCCUUCCGGUACAGCAACAGAAUAAUGAAGGUGAUAUAGUUUCAUUUGGUGACAAAAUAGCUAUAGGUGCAGUUAACGAGGAGCAGUCCAUGCCUAAAUUAGAUGAUAUGGUAUGUCAACCAGUAGAUGAAGUGGAGCCGUCACAGAGUCCAGUCAGAGGAGAAACAAAAGUGGCAAACGUUUCCCAAGAGCAAGAACAUGCUAUUGAUGUACGAAGAGAAGAUGACUUUCCACCACUUUCCUCGGUAGCAGAGAAUUGUGGUUCUAGUGGUAAAGAUGAAAAGUUAGUAAAAAUGUCUGGAGAAGAACAAAUGCAACACAUAGAAAGGAAUAUUGUAGAUGAUUCCUCAGUCGCCCUUUGUGAGGGCAUAGCAGCUGCUACUGAACCAAAUGCAGAAGAUAUGUCUACUCCAUCUUCUGUAGAACUUGAUACUGAUGCCAUGGUAGUCGAUCAAGAUUCCUGCCGCAGCACCGUCAGCAAACAAGGAGAUAUCCAUACUGAAAGUACUGAAGAAAUAGCUAUAUUAGAUGAUUUACAAACUAAAUCUCCCAUACCAGCACAGUCUCAUGCAGAACAUGAUAGUGACCUCAUUGUAGGCACCUCCACUGGCGGCACCCUCACUGAACCGGCAGAUACCCUUCCAUUAAGCGGAACAUUUGUACAAGAUCCCCUUCUUCUAUCUCCUGUUUCAACUCAAUCUCCUGGAGCAGAUGACAAUGGUGUCAUGGCAGUCACAUCCACUAGUAGCACCCUCAAUGAGCUGGCAGAUAUCCAUAUGCAGUAUCCUGGAGAAAGUGGUUCUGUAUCUCCUGUACCAACUCAAUCUCCUGCAGAACUUGAAACAGAUGUCAUGGAAGCCACCUCCAUAAGCAGCACAUGCAGUAAACAGGAUGAUAUCCUUACCCAUUAUCCUGAAGAAAGCACUGUAGAAGACAUGCCAUCUCAAUCUCCUAAACCAGCUCAAAGUUUAACAGAACUGGAAACUGAGGUUACUGUAGAUGCUCCCACUAACAGCGCUCUCACUGAACAAACAGAUGCCUUUACUCCUCAUUCAGGAGAAGAAACCUUUGUGCAAGAUUCCCAAACUCAGUCUCCUGCAGCAGUUGAAACUGAUGCCACGUCAGUCACUCCGACUAGCAGCACCAUCAGUAACAAUGCAUACACAGUAAUUGAUUGUCCUGGGGAAAGUGCCACUGUGUCAGAUACACCAACACAGCCUUCUACUAAACUUAGUGCUGGUGUAUCAAUAUCUUCCAACUCAACGAGCAGCGCAGAUGUUUUGGACCAAUCCAAUGGUAUCGAGGGUCAAGAUUCAUAUCCAGCAUGUUCACCAGCUACUCAUCUGCCUGUCCAAGAUGAAAACACACCCAAAGAAUCUCUACCUGACAGUUCUGACAAUGUUUUGACAGGGUUUCUUGAUGAUGACAGUUUAUCAAUCCCUGAAGAUGUCUGUCAUGAGGUACAAGAUGUGAGCAGUGAUGAGGAGGUUGAACCCAUCCAGAGAUUAGAAGAACCUGAUCCAAGACUUGGAGACUUGACAAGUUCUCAGUCACCAUCUCACACCUUACAGGAAGACACAACUAGACCUGAAGUUGAUACACCAACUGAUGUUUACCAUGAACUUCCAAAGGACACAAGACAAGAUCAUUUACAAGAAGAGAAUGUGAGCGAUGUUACAAAUGUAGACUCUAAAGUGGCAGAUCUUAGAGAACCAUUGAGGGAACUUGAUUCUGGUUGCAUUCCUGAACAAUCUCCAACAUCACUUGUAAAUGAGGAUAAUACAUGUUUGCCAAUGGCAUCAGCAGAACAAAAUGAGAAAGUAGUGGGAGAUGGGCAAACUCAUAUCAGUACUGGUCAUAUUAUGGAAAUGCCAUUCGAUGGUGAUAGUGGUGUUUCAGCUUCUAAUCCUGUCAAGCAUGAAGAAAGAAUGUUAGAAGACCAUACUCAACACAAGACAGACCAAAAGGAAACAGGUGAUUCAUCAGAGACAUCUGCAGCUGCCCGAUUUGUACAAUCUGAAAAUGAAGGAAUCAAUAUUGAGGACGAAGGGCAUUAUGAAAACCAAGAGCUCUCACUGAACCACAGCAUUGAAGGCAAAGCCGAAGUCCCUGAAGUUGGUCUCAAUUCUAAAAACUUGACAGAAGAAUUAAUAAUGCAGGGGGUAGGGGAAGAAGAUAUCAUGGGGAUUGUUGCAUCCCAGAGAUCAUUGUCACAGAAUGUCCCAGAUGGUACCAAACCAGUGGUGGCUGUCAUUAGAACACCUCCAAGACGCCUUAGCUCAGACCCAGAACACAAGUCUAUCUUCAAGGCACUUGCAUCAUCUUUGUCAAAUUCACUGGGAAAGAAAAACAACAAUAAUCGGAAGAGUCCUAGAACACAGGAAAGGGAACCUAUUCUGUCUGCAUUUGCUUCUGAUCUUAACUAUAGAUGUCACAAAGAUGCUAAAGAAAGUGAUCCUGUCAAGAAUGAGUCAAAUAAGACUGAAAAUAUUGUGUCUCCUACCACAUCAAGACAUCUCUUUAAGAAGUUUGACAGCCCUAAAUUCGCUAAUGCUUUCAAGUCUUUCAUGGAAACAAAGCAAAAAUCUCUGGGGAAGGUAGUAGAUGAUAUGUUAGAUAAAGAUUUAAUUCCUGAAGAGAAGACUGAUGAGACUAAGAAAAGGAGAAGCAGCAGGCUCGCAGGCCUUGAUCUCUCCUCUGAAAGGUUUCACCAUGUGCUGCCAAAUGGAGACGACUCGCAUUUAGCGGGUUCCCUCAAAAACCCUGAUCAGAUGAAACGAAGGACGCGUCACAGUUCUUCAGAUGUUGUGGAAAGUGACGAUUCGUCCUCAAAAUUAGAUGUUCUGGAUGUUGGUCACAGAGGCAGAAAAAAGUAUCCCAUGCGAACUACUUCUUCAAGAUUACUGAGAAUUGCUGACAGCGGGGAUACAGACAACCAGGUGUUUUCACAAGAAGGGAAUACUAUCCCUGAUCAAGAAUUUCUGGAAGGACAAGAUGAAAAAACUGUUAUCAGGAAGUAUGGUGAUGGUAAUGAUGGUAAAAGACGGCUGUCCUCAGAUGAAAUUCUAAAAAGCCCAAGAUCAAACCAAAGAAAAAAGUCCUAUCUUGUCAGUCAGCAAGAUGAGUUUGUUGGUGAUCAGGAGGAGAAGGAGAAUGAGGCUGUCAAAGGCAGGAGAGAACGUCCAAAGAAAUCCAUUGAUUCAAUGUGGAGCCCUGAAAAGGAAUGCGGGACACUGAAUCAUAUCGAGGCUGAAGAGGUUGAAGGGAGACCAAUGAGAACAAGGGGACUCUCCAGGAAGUCAAGUUCGAGAAUAAAGGAAAUCAUUGCAGCAGAGCUUGAGGACGAUGAUGACGAGCAAGAAACAGAGAUCGUUCAGAAGAGAGGAAGAGGAAGGCCAAGAAAGUAUCCCACUCCAGUAGUUCAAAACAAGAAUGAAGUCCAAAACAACAGAGGAAGAGGGAGACCAAGGAAGUCUGAAUACAAUGAUAAAGAACAAGGUCUUUCGAUUGAACAAAGUGAAGCUAGAAAACGCGGUAGAGACAGUUCUUGUGGUGAUAGAGAAGUGUCUGAAGAGGGAGAACCUGGAGGUGAAGCCAUGCCUAAAAGGAAACGCACGAUGCUCUCGGAUCAGCCAACAGAAAAGGAUGAAAUUCUUGAUCCUAAUGAAUGUGGUGAUGAUGACAGCAAGAAGAGAACAAGAAGUGAAUUAACAAGUACAUCUGAUGAGGAACAACAAGAAUCAGAGGAGCAGUUUCCAAGAUUGAGGACAAGAAGCUCUGCAAAGAGGUUAAAACCUGGAGAGCAGCCUAUAGAGGGUGAAAGAGAAAUGGACAGCAACUCUGAUCUUAUCACCCAAGAAAGAGAAAUAAAUUCCAAUAAAGAGUCUGUGGUUACUCUUGGAACCCCUGGAGAUGGAAUGGAGGGUAUGCACAUUGGUGCAUCCAAGCAAGACAUUGCCAUGCCAGACGAGGCAGCAGUGAUACAAGGGAAAGUUGCAUUGACUGCAGAGCCAGAGCAGUCAAAGGAAGUAGAUUUCUCCAGUGAGUCUCCGAAGAAGAACCAACAUUCGAAAAAAAAGGUGAGAAUCUCUGUGAAGAUAGAUCCUGUGACAGGAGCCAUUUCUGAUGUUAUGACUUGCAGUGAUGUUGAGUCAACGGAAGAUGAUGAGAGCAUAUCCAAUGAUCCACCACCACCACCAAAAGUUCUGUCCAUUGAAGCUAAAUCACCUCAGCCUAAGUUGCCUGUCCAGACACCAUGGGAUAUAUUCAGCAAAUCCACACAGGGAGCUUCUGACCUGCCCAACAAUAAUCAGAAGAUCUUCCAUGUUCAGACAAAGUCCAAUACAGGAACAAAGAAGAUGAUCAUUGGCAAAGACGUUACUACAAAUGAAGUCAUCUAUGGGAAUUUUCCAAGAAGUGUCAGGAAUCCUGCAGUGGGCCCAAGGUUCCGGGGACCAAAUUUAAACCGUAUCCCUGGUGUGCAGCAUAACAACACCAGACAGGCAAGGACAAGGGGACCAUUCUCAAGAAGUAGUCCAGUUGUGUGGGAGGGCUAUACUCUGAAAUCUAGUGCUGAUGCCAAAUUAGUCAAUGGUCCGGGUGUUUCACAGCAAGCAAGUGCCAGUUUGCAAUCCUCGUUUCCACAGAAGAUACAAGGUAGUGUUGCGAAUGUUGCUGGACAGCCCAUGUCAAUGACUGGGCAACCAAUGUCCAACAACCUGCCCAACGCUGCUUCUAGUGUGCUUUCAUCUCAUGGAAUGCCAACUUCUCAAGGUUUCCAACAUGGACCCCGAGCAACAGUAGUGGCAACGACCACUGUUAGCACUUCAGGAUCUGCUGAUGUCCUAUCGGUGAUCACCUCUACAGCUGCUUCUAGUACUCUUACCAGUUCCGCUCAAGAACAAUACCUUUCUAUCCUUCAAAGGUCAUAUCAGGGUGCUCAGAUGCAGCAAGCCAGUGUUUUAUCAGGAAUGAUGCAACAGUCCUACCCACAGACAGGUCUGCUCCAAAACCUUGGUAUGCCACAUAGAGGUGCGGUCAGUCCAGAAGUGACACCAUUCAUCAACCAAACGCAUCCAGCCAUCAUGGCAUCUCCAACCCUCCAGACCUUACAGACGAUCAUCCAGCAGGCUGGGGUUCAGUCAUCCAUGGGCCAGAUGACGCCAAGUGCUUCCUCACUCACACCCAGUCCCCCUCGUAUCAUUCCAGUCAGUCCUCUCGUGCCAACCUCCCCAUUGGACAACUCCAUCUCAGGGCUCAUCACCUCACUUUCUCAACCUUUCCCACAACAGCCUGCAGUAGUUCAACUCGAUAGUUAUAGUGAAUCAUCUCCAUUCCAUAUUGAGCACUUGUACGCGAGACAGAAGCCUGGUGGAGCCAGCAAGAGACGGAAAACCCCUCAUCAGGUCAAGGUCUGGUUCGAUUCCUACGGCAAUUUGAAGAAUGAAGACGAUGAAAACGAGGAUACACCAAACAAUGUCCAUAGUCCGUCUCCUGUCAAAUCCCCACUGGCCAAAUCGCCGCCUGUCAAGUUGUAUUUGGUCAAACCACCACCGGUCAAGUCACCUAUCAGGAUGAAGAAUCCAACCAACUCGUCAAGGGCACGUGUCAAGAACCCGACCUUCGGUGUGGACGAACCCAGAAGCAGCAAGUCUGCGAUCAAGAUGUCCAAGAAGAAAUCCAAAGGUUCUGAUGCUUCGUCAAGUUGGAAUUCCACCACCAAUCUUGAUCCUUUCGCUGGACUGUCGGGUGAAGAUGCAUUCCUCGCUGCCAUGCCAAACCUCGGCCAGCCCGAUUACCAUGAUGAUAGCCCCUCCCUACUCCUCACCUUGAUGGAGCAGGAGAAGAGGCGUGGCCCCAGUACCACGCCCCGCAGGCCGUCCAACCGACCUCAUCUGAUGUUUGAGAUACGGAGCGACGAUGGGUUCGAGACGAGGGCUGAGACGAUGGAGGAGGCGUGGGGCCGGGUGGUGGAGAGGGUUGGCGAGCUACGCACUAAUACAAGGAGGAAACAUUUGUCCUUUGAUGGUGUGAAAGGAAUGAAGGUGCUUGGUAUCACACACGAAGCCAUUAUCUAUCUCCUUGAGCAGCUGUAUGGAGCAGGGAACUGCCAUAAUUACAAGUUCAAGUUCCACAAGCACGAGGAAACACCAGAAGAUGAUGAGCCUCCAGUUAACCCCCAUGGCUGUGCCAGGGCAGAGGUCUUCAAGCGAACCUCGACCUUUGACAUCUUUAACUUCCUCGCUUCUCAUCAUCGUAACCGACCGAUCUUCAGUGAGGUUGAGCAGCAGGACGAGUCCUCCGACAUCCAGCAUAAAUCAUCGAGGAGAGCGACUAGCCUUCAGGAUCUGCCCAUGGCGAUGAGGUUCAGACAUCUGAAGCAAACAGCUAAGGAAGCCGUCGGUGUAUACAGGUCUGGUAUCCAUGGGCGUGGUCUAUAUUGUCGCCGCCCCAUCGAGGCCGGGGAGAUGGUGAUUGAGUACAGCGGUACAGUCAUCAGGUCAAUUCUUACCGAUAAGAGAGAGAAAUAUUACGAGAGCAAGGGUAUUGGAUGUUACAUGUUCCGUAUUGAUGAUUUUGAUGUUGUUGAUGCUACCACCCACGGCAAUGCAGCUCGCUUUAUCAACCAUUCAUGUGAUCCCAAUUGUUUCUCCCGAGUGAUCGAGAUCGGAGGUCAGAAGCACAUCAUCAUCUUCGCCAGCCGACGCAUCGCAAGAGGGGAGGAGCUGACGUACGACUACAAAUUCCCAAUCGAAGAAGUGAAGAUCCCAUGCAAUUGCGGGGCCAGGAAAUGUCGCAAGUACCUGAACUAGUGAAGAAAAAAAAAACCUCGUUUAGAAGCUCCAUCUUGCAGAAGUGCUGAUAGUACGAAAGGAUAGAUGAUGACAGAUUCCUGAUCGAAGAGGCAAAAAUACCUUGCAGUUGUGGCUCCAGGAAAUGCCAGAAGUGCCUCAACUAGUGCAUACACCUCUGUUGAGAAGCCACGUUUUGUAGAGUUGCUGUCUGCACAAAAGGAAAAAACAUUCUCCGACUGCAAAUUCUUCCUUGAAGAGGGGUAGAAAUCCUGCACUUAAGGUUCCAGAAACAUUUGCCGUAGGAGUUUUCUGCAAUAAACAUUCCCAAUGGAAGCGGCCAAGACUCCCUCCAGGUCAAGGGAACCCAACUAGGUGAGCAGAACUGAAGCAGGGAAGAUGGAAACAAGUUCUGCUACACCUUAUGCUGCAGAUUGUUCCAAAAAGCUUGACUUUCAACGGAGACAACAUCGUCGUUAUCUAGUCUGCCAGAGUGCCAGUCGAUGUGAAAAAGACCACCAUGUACAACUGUGUCGCCAGGAAGCAUCUUUAGUCUGUGACGGAGACCGACUUAACUGCAGAAUACAGUCAAACUUGUCUAUUAAGCCCAUCAUCGGGAAAACAGAAAAAUAGGCCACUAGAGACAGGCCUUCCUAGUCAAGCUCUAUGACACAUAUUCAUGUCAAGUGGAAGACAGCUUUGGUCGCCACUAAAGUAGGCCUACUCUGAAGACAUGUUUUGGCUAUUGGCGGGUGUCUGCUCAGACUGGUUGACUGUAUUCCCAAGUGGUCCAGGGCCCCUUCAGGAAAUGCCAAAGCUCUAUCUUCUUAACCUCUUCCAGCCAUUCAUCUUGGGCAGAGGUGGUUUUGUUCCUGGUAGUGGGAUGCUCCGAAUAAAACUAUUGACUUUAACUUGACAAAACUCCCAAUGUAUUUGAAGCGACUUCCCUUCUUUGAGGUUUCAGUAGCCCAGGAAUACGUGCUUGAAUGACACCCAAUUGUUGACAUUAUCAUUUCAACAACCAAAGAGGAAGGUUAUUUGACUCCUACCCUGUGACCUUUGACCUCCAGGUUGCGCAGGAGGCACAAACUCUCAGGACAACGUUAAAAAUGAAAUAUACAGUGCUCAUAGAUAUAAUAGUUGUUCACUUUUAAUUUUUUAGCAAUAAAGCUGUGCUGUUAAAAGAGCAUUUCUAGCAGAGUCUACAAAGAAUUAUAUAGAAGUACUAUGUGCUAGAUAUUUUUACCUCAGUGCUGAAUAGUUCAAGUUGUUGUUGUUGUACUUGAUGUCUAUGCAGCUUUUGUAGUGAUAUGUUAGUGAAUUACAACUGAGUAUGCCUAGGUCAAGUCUCUUGGGGACCUCAGAAGUAUGUUGGAUUUAUGCGAAAUUCAACUUAGAAACGGUCAAUAAUAUUUUUUGCAUAAUCUGGGACACCUAUGGUAACUUUAUAAUUAAGGUAACUACCAUGGCAACCUUGAUUUUGAUUGGCUGCUAAGUCCUGUUACCAUGGUAGUUGCCAUGAUAGCAAAGUUUCUGUCGUUGUAACUCUUUAUCAAAUACACCCUAAUAUGCGAAAUUCCUCUCACUCCGGUGAGGUUUUUAACUUACACAAGUUUGACUUAUGCAUACUCGGCUGUGUGUCAUGUGUAGAUAUUUGAAACCCCGAGUAAUAUAUUCAUUUUCUGUUGAACUGUUUGUCAUGGAAACCCUCAAACUUGAUUGCUUCGAUGUACAAUCGGAGUAAUACAUAUUGACAUUGCAGGAAGGAUUUUGGUUCUCAUUUCAUGUAUAUGUAUCAUACAUAUGUUUCACUUUUUGUGUUCCUCCUUCGAUUAAGUAGGAUCAAGGGGGCCCAUUGUAGUUUUCAUCCGAUAGAAAUCGAACUUGAUUCAUUCUUUAUCUACUGUUCAGACUUUGGCAUUUCUGAAAAAAAUGGGGUCUGCCCAAUUUCAAGACAUUUCACAUCCCUUUGAGAUUUCACCUUGCUAGGUUGAUAUAAAAUUCAAGCCUGAAUCUGAAGCAUUUUUCUUUUAAUUUGUUGGCUUGGAACCCCCUUUUUUUUAUCUAUGUUUUCCUCCUUUUUCUUUUCCGGUAUGGUGUUCUUUGCUAUUACACUGCAUCGGUAUUGUGAAGGGAACUUGAUUGCAGUUUCCUGUGUACCUGUUCUUUUUCAACAUCAUUAAGAAAAGGACUAAAUCACUAUGUUGAAUAUAAUUUCGAAUUUUAGAUAAUAAUCGACUUUGUUUAUACAAUCAAUGAAUUUCAACAUGCCAUGUAUUUUCGUUCAGCUGAGACAAAAUCACAGUGUUAGAGGUUAUUUAUAAAUUUGAUAUUUUUGAAUUGUUAAUUGUACAUAGUUAUUCCUUGUAUCUAUUGUAAUAUUACAAACAUUUCAUUUUUCAAAACAUUCCUAUUGAACGGAAGCCACAUUUCUUUGUGUGUAUGAUCUUGGUAUUCAUUAAAUUCAGUUUGAGCUGUCUGAUGGGCAGUUCUUUAGCCGUAAUAUUGCUGUCCUCCUAUGUUGACAUUCGCUACCAUUUUGCAUUGCCUUGAUUUGAUAUUAAAUCAUUACAAUAUGACCACAGCAUCUUCAAAAUAACUAGUUUGGGUUUCAUAAAGACUUGUUAUCAUAGCAAAUGCACAAUUUCUAUACCAAGUUCUUUAUCAGCCAAUCAUAUCGAAUGCUUUUAGUAGCUUUAAACUGUUAUUGGGAAUUUAUGUUUUUAUGAAAAGGGGCCCAAGUUUGGAUAAGAAUGUACAGGGCUCUUUUGCAUAAAAGUUGCAAUAUGUUUUAUGGGAUCUUUUGCCAUCCAAUGGUAACUACCAUGGUAAAGUGAUCAACCACUAAUUAUGCAUGGCAAAUUUACUGGAUGCAUGGCUAGCCAUGCAUCGGUACUUACCUAUGCAUGGAUGUGAAAAAAAUUCCACCAUUCUAUAAAACAAAUGAUACACAGGUUUGUUUGUGCAUCGAUAGGACUAGUGAGCAUGCGGUUACUAUGGAAACUAGUCUAAAUUCACUCUGCUGCACCUCGUGGGUUUAACAGUUCCAUAUUUACCGUAUGCUCACAAAAUCUACCGAUGCACUUACAUCUGUGCACCAUUUGUAUACUAUAAGAUGGUACAGUUGCCAUAAUAGUUACUUUUAUUUGUGUGUUUGAUCAGGUCUUGUUUCGUAACCGAUCUCAGUGUACAGAGUUACCACCAAAUUAUUUCCCAACUCUGUGCCUGGAAGAUUUAAAGCCACAUCAAUAUGUGUUUAAAAAAAUAUUUGGGCUUGGUUUGGGAGCGACCCUGGCACCACCCUCCCCCAUCUGUAUUCUAUUGUUAUUAUCAUUAUGCUUGUUUUUUUCAUUAUUAUUUUAUUUUAUCAUUACUACUAAAUUAAACUUAUGCCCGUAUUGGAGUUUGUGCAAUUCUUGAAAUUUUCUGAAUAUUCUCAUGAAUUUUUCCUUCUUUGUUUUCAGCAUUAUUAAAGUUCUCUCAAGUGUUGAUAAGCAAAAAAGACAGAUUAUUUAGAAAUUCAAGGAAAAAAUCCUGAAUGCACAAAUAUUUAUGUACAGUACACUGUAUAUGAUUCUGUAGUUGAUAUUACCUUGGGGAAACAGGCUUGUAUUCAUGCUAAGGACACAGUUGCCAAAUCACCAGACUUUGUAUUUUAACAGAAUUAAUUUCUUUUGUAAGUAACUGAUGAACUUUCAAAAUUAAAGCGGUUGUCUGCUUUAUUUUUGUAUUCCUUGUUUCAAGUAUUUUAGUGCUUCCUUUAAACCUGAUAAGAUAUGGUAUAAUGUUCAUUUGUGAUGAAGUAUUUAGAAAGUGCAUUUUUUGUUUGUCUUGUUACGCCAGGAACGAAAGUUAUUCCCUUUCUAAGUUUCCUGCUAAUUAGAUAUGUGAAUUGUCAAUGCAAAUAAAGUACUUUUAGAGUUUAGUAGAUAAAGAUAUGUCUGUAUUGCCAUAAUAUAGAGACUGAGAUUUAAUGUUUAUAGAGUGGUGAAACUUCACUCAUGUAAAUAAUUUGUGUUUCUAUUCAUUUCUCUCUAUGAUCAGAAUAUCUCAGUUGUUUGUCUCAUAUUGAUAGAUCUCCUUUGUAAGUGCUGUUAUUUUAUCUGUUUUUGUGUGAACUGUACUUUUAUGUGUAUUUUGUCAAAAUAGGAAUAUAUUCAAAUGAGUUAUGAUCAUAUUUAUUCUUAUUCUGAGGCAAAUUAAAAGGUUGAUAGUGUUUUUGAACAAUUUA